AUGGCAGAGCUUAAGGAAGAAACAGCGAAUGAUGAAACGCUACAACAACUUAAACAGCAGAUGGUUCAAGGUUGGCCUGAUCGUAAGCAUGAAAUCCCGCAAAACUUAGCUACCUACUGGAACAUUCGCCAUGAGCUGAGUGAAGCAGAAGGUCUGAUCUUCAAAGACCACCAGUUAGUCAUACCUACAGCAAUGAGGAACAAUAUGCUCAACCUGAUACAUGAAAGUCAUCUCGGGAUAGAGAAAUGCAAAGCACGCGCAAGAGCAAUCCUUUUUUGGCCUGGAAUGUCAAAGGAUAUCUACGAGAAAGUAUCAAAAUGUGCUACUUGCGCCACAUAUAGAAGAAGAAACCAGAAGGAACCGAUGAUAGCACAUCCAAUACCUGAACGACCAUGGCAAAAGCUAGGAACUGAUCUGUGUGAAUAUAAGGGCAAGAAUUACCUCGUUGUAGUAGAUUACUAUUCGAAGUUCAUCGAAGCAGCCCUUCUUCCAAACAAGACAGCAGGAACAGUAAUUAGACAUUUCAAAUCAAUUUUUGCCAGACACGGAAUCCCAGAAGAGUUGGUAUCCGACAACAUGCCCUUCAAUAGCAAAGAGUUUGACGAAUUCGCCAAAGAAUGGAGAUUCAAACAAACAACAUCAAGCCCAACCUAUGCUCAAUCAAAUGGCAUGAGUGAAAAAGCUGUACAAACCGUAAAACGGAUCCUGAAGAAGGCUGACGAUCCAUACUUUGGUCUGAUGGAGUACCGUAACACGCCUGUUACUGGAAUGACAUACUCCCCAUCACAACUGCUGAUGAGCCGCACCACAAGAACGAAGAUUCCAAUAUCCAAAGAGUUACUACUACCAGCCGUGCCAAUCAAUGCACAGCAGCAGCUUGAACAACGACAGAAUCAGCAGAAGCAGAACUACGACAAAUCAACCAAACCAUUACCACCACUUGAAAUUGGAGAAAACAUCCACCUACGCCAGGACAGUAUCUGGGUACCAGCCACCGUAUCUGGACUGGCCCCUGCCCCAAGAUCGUAUAUCGUCACAACAUCAGAUGGACAACAAUACAGACGGAACCGUCGUGACCUUUUAAAGACCAACAUUCCGCCUUCAACCAUAAUAGAGCAAACUGAGGAUGUUGGUGAAGAACAACCGACCAUUAUUCCACAACCACCAGAUUUAGACCUCCAGAAUCCACCUAAUCAGGGACGACCAAUGAGAACCACAGCGCUACCAAUAAAAUACAGAGACUAUGUCAUGAAAUGA